AUGGACGGCCUGAUGGGGAUGAUUGGCGUGGAGGUCGGGCAGCACGUCGGCGAUCUGCAGAGCGCCCUGCCGCUGCGCGCUGUGUGCAAGGACUGGGCCGAGACGGUCGCGCUCGGCGCCGACGCGGCUGAGCUGGACCUGGCGCCCGACAGCGCAUACGAGGCGCAGUUGACCGGCCUCGACGGCGACGACGACGCACGGCGCGCGCGCUUCUUCAGGCGCUGCCCCUUUGUCCGCACCCUCACGUACCACGUGUCCCCCGGCACAACGUUCACCAAGCGCCUGGAGACCCGCCACCUCGCCGCCGUUGCCGCCGCCGCGCCGCGCCUGCGCGCGCUCGCGCUGCGCGCAGACUUCGACCCCGACGGCUGCUCCUUCGCCGCGCUCGCGCCGCUGGCGGCGCUGCGCCGCCUGCGCGUGCUGCCCGCGGACGGCUGCGCGGGGCUGUCCGACGCCCACGUCACGUCGCUUGGCGCGCUGCCCAGGGGCGUCGAGAGCCUUGAGUUCCCCGGCCACGCGCGCGCCUUCACGGGCGCGACGCUCCGCGCGCUCGCCGCGCUGCCGCGCCUCGCGCGCCUCGCCGUCGCGUCGCCCAAGCCGCCCGCCGGCGCCGCCGCGGCGGCCGCCGUGGAGUAUGCGCUGGCCGCCGGCGCCGUGGAGGAGAUCGCCGCGCUCGCGCGCCGCCGCGGGCCCAAGGCCCCCGCCUUGGACCUCGAGAUUGGCGUCCCCGACGCGUCGUGGGUCCCCCGCCUGCUGGCCGUCUCCGCCACGCGCCCGCCGCACGCCGGUGGCGGCCUGGGCCGCCUGUCGCUCGCCGUGCGCGAGGCGGCGAGCGGCGAGGCGGUCGCCGCGAUCGCGGCGGCGCCGCGCGCGGCGGCGGCGCUGGCCGGGCUGGAGGUCGCGUUUGGCGGCGCGCCAGAGCGCGCCGACCUGGACGCCAUCGCCCGCCUGUCUGGGCUCGAGCGCCUCACGAUCACCAGCAAGUGUGUCCGCCCUCCGUCGGCGCGCGUCGACGCCGCCGAGGCGCUCGCGCCGCUCUCGCGGCUGCGCAGCCUGCACCUGCACAUCAACCCACAGUGGCGCGCGCCGCUGCGCGCGGACGCCGUCGCGGCGCUCGCUGCCGCGUGGCCGGCGCUCGAGCGGCUGCACCUCCGGCUGGGCUCGGCGGACCACGCCGCGCACGGCCUUGGGCAGCUGUUCCGCUUCGCCCGCCUGCGCGAGCUCAGCCUGCAGUGGCUCGGCGACGACCCCGCCGCCUGCGGCGCGCGCGGCGGCCGCCGCGCGAGCGUCGACGUGCCGGUGCUGCAGCUGGGCUGCCUGCCGCGCGGCCUGGAGGAGCUGUCCCUCACGAGCAUCUCUUCUGUGCGGCUGGCGCCGCCGGCGCCGUUCGACCCGGCGUACAUGGCGGCGCCCCCGCUGGGCGCGCUGCGCGCGCUCGCGCUCGACGGCAACUUUGGCCUCAACGACGCGCUGCUGCCCGCGCUGACCGCCCAGCUGCCGGCGCUCCGCUCGCUGUCGCUCGUGCUCGCCGGGCGGCAGGCGCUCGGCGGCGGCGGGCUCGCGGCGGCGGCGGCCGCGCUGCCGGCGCCGGGCGCGCUGGCCGCCCUCCUCAUCACAGACUAUCGUGAGGGGCCGCUGGCCCUCGACCAAGGCUGCCUCGCCGGCCUCGCGCCCCACCUGCCGCGCCUGCGCCACCUGAAGCUCUCCACCCCCGACAUCGUGCACGCGGCGCUGCGCCCCGAGAGCUUCUCGCCGUUCACGCGGCUGAGGCGGCUGGACCUCGUCGGCUGCCAGGACCAGGCGGCCGAGGCGCUCGCCGGCGCGCUGCCGCUGUGCUGCUGCAAGCCGCGGCCGGGGUGGGCCGGCGAGGAGGCGGGCGCGACGGCGGGCCCGGGGCCGGCUGAGGGGGCACAGGCCGCGGCGUGA